AGAGACAAGGAGAGAGACAUAGUAAGGAGGUUUAGGAGCAAGAGGGAGUUGUUGCCGGUGAUACAGUACAGACAGACAGACAGGCAGACUGACAGACACAACUCAUUUUUCUUCCUGCAGCUUCAAUGCACAGCGGCGAUCCCAGUGUGUUUCAAACAAGCAGGGGUGGAAGUGCAGGCGACAGAGAAAGGGAGUUGCCCAUGAGCAGAGGUCAGGCAGGCAGGCAGGCAGGCAGAGGGGAAGCCGGUGGAUGUUUUUAAGAGUUUGCUUAUCUGACACUGACAACAGGAUGAGAAGCUGAGCAAGGGAGCAGAGAGGGGAGGAAAACAUGGAGAGAGCAGCAUUACCUACAGUCCACUUACGUAGGAGACACGGGAGAGACAGGCACUGGUUGCCUUGAGAGAGGAGACAGACAGAGAAUAAGAGGUAAAAUAGUCCACUUUGUCCAUUCUGUCCAAAAGGAGCGGGAGCGAGAGCCGAGGGAUCGUAACACUGGAGCUCAAGGAUAAACCAUGGACUCUGCAUACAUCCCACCACACCUGGACGUCCACCAUGUUCCCUGCUAACCUCCUGCUCCUCAUGGUCUUGCUGCUACCUCAAGCCUCGUCUGGUCGCCAGGGUGGAGACACCAGCGAGCUCGACCAUGGCAGGGUGUCCCCCGCGCCAUCCUCCGUGUCGCCUACGCCAGCUGGUGGUUCCCUCCUGAAGCCCAGUCUGGCUCAGACCAUCCAGAGUCUCCUCCUGAGCCGGCUGGGUUUGCAGUCGCAGCCCGACCCUCGGCCUGGGGUGCCAGUGCCUCAAUACCUCCUGGAUCUUUACCGCUUCCACCAGCAGCAGUACCAUCUGGUGGAGGACCCUUCAUUUAGCUUCCCCAGCCAGCACAUCCAGCAGGCUAACACCGUACGCAGCUUUCACCACAAUGACCCCCUUGGUGCCAGUCCCACAGCAGAUGAUCGUAAGAAGCUGCACAUCUCCUUUAAUAUUUCCUCCAUCCCUGACGAUGAGAGGGUGCUCUCCGCUGAGCUCCGGCUCCUCCGCAGUGACAGAGCCGCCCUGGGUCCUGGGUCCCACAGACUAAACAUAUACCUCUCUGAACACUAUGAGGACCCUGAGCCCACCCUGCUGGAGACAAGGUUACUCACCAAUGGCUUCGACAGUCAUAAAGCAAGUGGUUACUGGGAGGCUUUCAGCCUAAAUACAGAGCUCCUCCAUAAGGCCCUUGCUGGGACUGGCAGCCUGGGCUUCUUCCUGGAGGUCAGACCUGAGAACAGCUCCACCUCGCUCCCUGAACAGAGCACCUCCUCUGCAGGAGGUGGGGAGGAGGCAGUGAAACACAAAGACGGACACCUGAGGGUAUGCAGGUCUGUGGGUCAGGACGAGCACAGCUGGGCGCAGGAGAGACCCCUCUUGGUGACUUACAGUCAUGACGGGCGUGGAGAGCCCUUAGUCAAACAUGGCAGGAGGACCCCAGGUGGUGGCCAGAGGAUGAGAGGGAGAAAAGGGACCAAAGAGAGAGUGAGGAGCAGCAGCAAAGGCCGUAGUAGAGCCCAAACCAUGGGAAGGGCCAAAAAAAUGGGGUAUACUAUUCCAGGGUGGGGGCGUGAUAAAGGAGGGGUCAGCUGGAGCGAAAGCGGACGGGUUAAAAGAAAUGGUGGCCGCGCUGCGAAACUGAAACGCCUUUCCCGCAACAGAUGCCGCCGCCAUCCACUGUAUGUGGAUUUCAACGACGUGGGCUGGCACAAGUGGAUCAUUGCGCCCAGCGGCUAUGACGCCUUCUUCUGCCUGGGAGAGUGUCGCUUUCCUCUGGCCGACCACAUGAACUCCUCCAGCCACGCCAUGGUGCAAACUCUGGUGAACUCUGUGAAUGGAGCAGUGCCUCGGGCCUGCUGCGUCCCCACCUCCCUCAGCCCCAUCGCCCUGCUCUAUUUGGACCCUCAAGACCGAGUGGUGCUGAAGAACUACCAGGACAUGGUGGUGGAGGGCUGCGGCUGCCGGUAGUGGGCCAGAGCACUCACGUAGAGCGUCAAGGGAAUAGGAGAAGGAUAGCAGCAUGAAAAGGCAUAUGGUGGGAAAGAAGAGACUAUAGAUGGCGGCUAACUGCAAACAGACUGAUACAGGCAAAUGUAGCAGCAUAAAAAGAGGCAUGGAGAUGAAGGAGAUAAAAAAGAAGGUAUAUAGCAGCUAAAUCAUCAUCAUCAGGAGCAAGACAUAGAAGGAUUGUGAGAGAAACAGACAUUAUCUGCCACGCGACAAGAUAAAUGAUUAGACAAAAAAGGCAGACGAGGAAAUAUGGUCGACGCAGGUAAACUGCCCGGAAUGACUUUUCACCUCGUCCCCAUUUCGCGAUGAUGCAGCUGUGUACACCAUCAACUGAUGGGGCUGCUUGUGCUCCCAUGAGAAGCCAGCGCUUUUAACACCAGAAGGCGUCUAUUCUAUAUUGCAGUGUUUGCAACUCAUCUCGCUCUCAGACAGGCACGCGUGUUUAGCUGUUGUGAAGCCGAAGCAGGUUUGGAGCGGGCAGCAGAAGACUUCCAUUGAGGCUCUGGAGCAGAACUUUCCGACUGGACUUCCUGAUGAUCAUAAGCAAUACGACGAUGGCACUAGCACGGCGUCUAAACUUUGUGUGACAGUGUUGUUUCUGCAGUAUUUGAACCAUGAAGUAGGGUGCGUCUGUUUCUAUGAACGUGACUCUAGCUUACAAGCACCCCUACAUCACAAGCUAUUUAAAAAAAAAACACACACAACAAUAAUGCUGAGGAACUAUUAUGCUAUUGUUUGAAUGUACUACUAUCACUAUUAUUUAAAAAAGAGACUUUUUUGUACAUUUACUUUUGCAGACGUGAAGAAAAUCCAAGUGAUGGUUGUCUUGUCGUGAUUAUGCAUAAUUCCACUGAAUGGCAAUUCUAACUUAAAAAAAAGACACAUUAUGUAUUUAAAUAGCAGCAAUAUGGUGUAUUUAAUCUUGAAAAUAUUUAAGAUAUGUGCACUCAACGGACCAUACAGCGAACUGAAAGCCCGCCGUCCACAUGCAGUAAGUUAUGGUAGCCUACAUCUGUACAAAAUGUUCAGUGUGUUGAAUUAACUCAAACCUCCCGCCUUAUCAUUGCACACAUGUCGGUGUUACAACACGUGAUAGCAGACGUAAGUGGUGUUGCCUUUAAAAAGCUCAACUAACAAGUCAAAUGAAAGCUCUCUAUGUAUUGUAGCUACUGAAGUGUGUAACAACAAGGUGUCUUUGUGUCUGCAUGUGUUCAGAAAAAAUAAAUAAAUAAAUAAAACGGAAGAGUGAUAUUAAAACUUUGGUGCCUUUUCAAACAGGGGCUUUAAAAGUGUUCUCCGCUGAGCUAAUAAUUGUUUUUCAGUGUUGCAUUUUUCUCUCUAAAUGGAAACAUUUAAGCAACAGCUUGUAAAAUGUUUGACAAUAUACCUCUAAUAAACAAAGCAA